GGGGGUAGACAGUUGGCAGGUGUGCUGAGCUGGCGAUGUGCGGCAAUUGCAAACUGAGCUAACAUUCGGUAGUCGCGCGCUGCAGAUCAGCACCAGCACCAGGGACAGCGACUCGAGCAGCCGCAGAAGCAGCAAUCAUGGCAACCGAGGUUCACAACUUGCAAGAACUGAGAAGAAGUGUUUCUUUGGCAAACAAGGUUUUUGUUCAACGGGACUACACAGAGGGCACCAUGUGUCAGUUUCAAACUAAAUUCCCACCAGAACUUGAAAGCCGGAUUGAAAAACAUCUUUUUGAAGAAACCAUAAAAACAUUGAACAGCUACUACAUUGAAGCAGAGAAAGUUGGCGGGAGGUCGUAUCUGGAGGGAUGUUUGGCCUGUGCCACAGCUUACAUCAUCUUCCUAUGCAUGGAAACCCGCUAUGAGAAGAUCCUGAAAAAAAUAUCAGCUUACAUAGAAGAACAGAAUGUGAAGAUAUAUGCUCCCAGAGGGCUACUCAUCACGGACCCAAUUGAGAGGGGAAUGAGAGUUAUUGAGAUCUCAAUCUAUGAGGACCGAUGUAGCAGUGGUAGCAGCAGUAGCGGUAGCACGACCAGCAGUAGUGGUGGCCGAUGACUCGCAGAGAAGCCUCGAGGUGAUUCCUACUGCAGGGAUGAUGGAUCGUCUGACGUCCGCAGGCUAAGAUAUCAGAGCACACGGUUCUAACAUGGACUCUCUGGGCAUUUCGAUAAAGUGGGGGUGGGAGAGGGAAACGCUCAUUUAUAUCUUGGAGUGAAUUAAUCUGCUGUUGCUUUGGAUAAUUUAGGACUUUGAAGAUUUAAUAUCUGCCACUGCUCUUAUCGGAACAGAUGGUGCUUCACAAAACAGUUUUCAGGUUUAAUUUGAUUUAGUUAACUUUUUAAAUCAUAACUAAAGCAGUUUCAGAUCCCUUGCUGGAAUUAAUAGCUUACCAGUUGACAACAACGAGGGAAAAUUUGUUUAAACUGGAAUAUUGAUCUAUUUCAACAGACACUGGCACCACGUACAAGGAGGCAACAGCACAUCAGAAAUGGAGGUGUCAGAUGGUAGAACCAACUUAAAAGGAUAAGUGAAGUACUUAUUGAAAAUAUUUCAGUUUUUCUACAUAAGUUUCACUCUAAAUUACACCAUCAUAGACACUUACACUGACAUACACACAUGCGCACACAGAGAGGCAGAGACAUGCAUUCAGGUGAUUACAGAUGCAUGCACAUGUGCAUGGAUGCUUGUACACACACAAUACAAUGCAAAUUGUCAAAGGAGUGCAGAUGCUUGCACACAAAAGACCCUAACAAAGCUUUUUAGAGAGUAAAACUUACCUAUUCAGCACAUGGCUGUAUUACUUAUAACUAUAAAAAUCACUCGUGAUUAAGUGGUUAUAUCUCUAAGAGCAAAAAGUAAAAAAAAACACUAGAUAUACCCUGCUUGUACUUUUGAAACCAUUUCACACAUGAUAAAAGAAAGUAAUUUUAAAGCUAGACUAAAGAAGAAGCAAUUAUCUUUGUUUCUUCUUCAUUAGCACCACCACCACAGUCAGAUGGCAAGGAACCAGCAGCACUUACACUUGUAAUAAUCACUUCUAACUUUUAUCUGCGUUUAUGCUGUAAUGCCUCCAUCUAUUGUUUACACUCAACAUUAUAUUUUUUAUGCAUUUAGCCUAUUGAGAAUAAUGGCCCAAAGUAGAAAACAGCAGAUUUUCACUUUCCCUUCUUUAUAUUUGCCUGCUUGUUGGAGACAAACAUCUGGCCGUUCUCUGAAAAGGCUUGUGGCACACGUAACACAAGGUGAUAAGACAUGAGUAAGUGACCAAGUGGUAGGACAGAACCUCGGGGCAGGGUUGGGUGGGUAUUUUUUAAAUCUGAUGGGAAGCUACUUUUCAUCAGAGGAUCUACAAGGUCAAAAGUCUGCUAACACCAUUUGGAAAGAAGCUGGUUAUUUCAUGGCAAUUACAUAAUUAUCUUAGAAAGGAAAACACGCACUUUCCUAAAACACCAAAAGUAUAUACUUGCAGUGGUCUAACUCAAAAGGAGUCACCUUUGCUAUGCAAUUAAUUAUUACUUGGAGACACCAGUUGGAGUACUUCAAGAAGACAUCCAAUGACUGACAUGUCUUGUUUGUUAUGAUUUAUAUACCCUUACUAAAAAGGGGGCUUCAUGUUUGGCUAAACAGUGGAAAUCAAACUGCUACCUAAAUAUUAUCUGUUCCAUAGACAGCUUAAGUUAUUCAAACUUGCUGCCACUAAGACAUUAGGAGCAGGUUCAUGAAAUUAUAUAUAAAAAUAAAUAACUCAAGUUCUUCAGCAAUUAGGCAUCUUUUAAUCUCUAAUAUAAAAUAAAACUCCGAUAAUUACUGAAUGCUGCCAUGCCAUAGCAUAACUGAGGUGAACUGCGUUUGCUUUCUAUUAAUAUAGAUGAAUAUGCACAGGCGCUUAAACAUGUAUAGAGUCUCCACAUCCUGACUUGAAUGGAGACAUUCAUCAACUGAAAAUUAGGGCCAUUAUGCGAUGAAUUUACUUAGUAAAGGUACAAAAUAUCUUUUUUAAAGUAAUUCUAAUGACUAAUACCAAAAAUCACCAUCUGGCCAUUGGUGAAGUAGAAUUUACCCACUCCCAGUGAAAUUUUCUUACUCAGGGACAACUUCUCAUUGGUGUAAACCAUGAUGCUUUGGAGUAAAUUCUGCUUCAUUCACGAUCACACAGAGAAUGUCAACAUAAUGUAUUUGGUGCACAAUAUUAGUGGAACAGGGCUAAGAAACAGUCGACAUUAUGCAUACAAGUCAGUUCUUUUCAUAACUAGGACAGUGCAUUAGAAAAGAGGUAUUAUAGUUGCACAAAAACAAAGGGAAAAUGUAGGAUUAAGAAAAAAGAAAUGACCACAGAAAGGAACUUUAAACAUUUUAAAUUAACUAGAACAAUUUUUUUUUCAUUUUCUGGUCAGCAGCAUACACUUUCACAUUUUGGAUUGUUUGACUUGAGCGAAAAUAUGACAGCUCAUGAAAAUGGAUGUUUUAGACCAGAUUAAUACAAAACAGUUUGUAAAUCAUAUUAUACUUAUUACUUCUAAAACAGCUGAUUCCCAUCAUUGGAUUAGAUAACCAUAUUUGCAUUAAACAGUUGACUGCACAUUAAAGAUCGGCUUGUUUGGAAGCAAGCAUGCAUAUUUUGAGAAAAAGAAAUAGCUGUAGUCCCUGACAGAGGGAGGGGAUAACGUGAUCAUUAUGGAAUCUCUAAAGGAAGUUUGAUAGUCGGUGGGGAGGGGGGUGGGCACAGAACCAAAAAUGUAAUUAAAAAAUGCAAAAUUUUCUUUUAAUGUUUUGUAUAAAAGAACUUUGCAUAAUAGACUAAGCAAUAAAAAAGAAUAUUGGCACCUGCAAUGAACCUGUGACCACGCGGCACUUCCUUUUUUUAAUAUUCUUCCACGUUAAAAAAUGGACACCUUUAUCAUGUUAUGACUAUAUAGCUGCAAUAAUCCAUGGCAUAGUGGUAUGGGUAAUGGUAGAAUUUAUUCCAUCUAAGCUAGAUCAUUGUGAUCUUUCGCUUCAUACUCAGGACCAAACCGUACAAGUUAGGAGUAAAUCCCACCGUAUUCCAUACACCUACCAUGGAUUAUAAAUAUCUAAAUGAUUAUGUAUUUUUUAACUCAAUGUAACAUUUAAUCAGAAGCCAACAAAUCUGGAGGGUGACACAUUAUAAAGGCUCAAUCAAUAAGUUGCAAGAUUCAAAGGAAGGCAAGCUUGAACAGAUAAAUAUGUAAUUUUCUUUUUGCUUAAUUUUGUAACAUCAUUUGGCCUCUAGGCAUCUCUUUGCUGAUUUUUAUUUACUUUGUUUCUGCUUCAUCAGUUAUCUAAAUUAAAUUAGAUAUUGGCAAUUUAAAAAUAUGUCGCAAUAUAAAGGGCCUAUUGCACUCUUGUUGGUUUGGCUAUAAAUCUGACAAAUAUAUCUGAAUAGUACUUAAAAAAAUUGGAAAUUAGCAGCUUCUUUCAAAUGGUUUGUUAGUGGGUUUUGUAGAACUGUACAUUAAAGUGCUUCUCUAUCAUAAAGUAAAACUUCUGAAAUAAUUUGUGGAUGCAGUGCAGUCUGUGUGUCAGUGAUGCGUGUGUGUUCUUUUUGCCGAUUGCUGAAGACAUCACAAUAGAAACAGACAGCUUGUGCCCCACUAUGUGUUACACAUUUGGUCUGCAUCACUGAAAUAUUAAGCCUAUUUUCUCAUUCAUUUGUGUCACAAACUUCUAAAAGAAAAUUAAAUUGAUGCAGAAUAGUUUGAAAAAAAAAAUAAGGCAAACCUUUUUGAUAAGAAUUAAUUUGACUUGACACUGCCACCAUGAGUUAAAAAAAGGAAAAGCCAGGUGCCAGUUAUUGCCAUAUCCGUAUGUAAUUGUGUAGGAUAAGUCGUCUCUGUAAUACUGUACAAAAAUGAUUUAAAAAGCCGUAUAGCAUUUUAAGUCACCAUUCAGCAAAUGUCUACAAAUAUUCUGCUCUGUUAAUAAGGAAUUAUACUGAUUUUCUUUUCUCUCUGUUAUCCUUCAACAUAAUCUAAGUUACAGGAUUUUGGCCACAUAUAAAAUCCUCAUAUACAGCUAGCACUUUUAAUUAUUUUUUUUGAAAAACAUUGUGUUGCGUUUUACAAUAUAAAACUAAAGCCACACUUGUCUGUUUCCAGUCUACAACCUUGUAACUUGAGAAGUCAAAGCAAAACUAAACUGUUUCAUGAAAACAGAUGAUUAAUAUUGAAUGGUAGAGCAGUUAGUGGAGUUGUCUUACAACUUGUGGUUCUUCAGUUCAAAUUUUUACUCGUCACACUUUACUGCAAACUCUGUAUGUGUUCCAGGUGUCUAUAUGGGUUGUUGCCUUGUUUCCUCCUGUUCACAAAGACAUGGGUAUGUUGAACUGGCAAUCGUGUAUAUUGCCAUCAGGUGUCUGUUGAUACAUAUGUAGUCUGAAAGUCAGUGUUUCUGGGUAUGGCAGUGGGUUGGUACCUUAUUCAGGAUCAUUUCCUAUGCUUAGCCUGCACAGAGAUCUUGGACAAGUUCUGUCCCCCUAUGACUGGGCAGUGGAUUAAGUGGGUAAAUGAAUGAAUGAAUCAACAAAUGAUGAUCAGUGUUGAGAUAUUUACACGCCUGAAUCAUAAAAUAAAACAAUAGAUGCAAAUGCAGUUUCAAAAUAGACUGCAAAAUACAUUUACUCAGUCAGCAUCUAAACACACAUAAGUACCUACUUUUGCUAAAAAGUAUAUCUAUGUAAUGGUAAACUGUCUUAUUGACUAGUAAAUGGGAGUUGCCUUACAGUCCCUUUUCACUUGUUUGGAAAGCCAUGUGGAUGUGCAAACCUUAUGUGUAAUACAGCAGAAAGAGCUAAGUUUAAACAAGAAGUGAUUUUAAAAUGGUUUCAUUUUAUGCUUCUGCACUCAGCUGUGAAUAACCCUGUUUCCCUUUAUAUUGUUUUUAACAGUCUGGCGGGUGCUGACAACCUUAGACUGUUGGGUUUGUAAACUUGCUGUGAUUGCUGUGCAGCGUCCUCUAUUGUGAGUCUCUUCCUAUUUUGUCACUUGAUCUAAUCAAUGUGGAAACAAAUGAUGAAACUUACCUCAUAAUACUGAAAGUCCAGUGUUUACUCUUAAACUAAAGCUUAGUUUUUCUUCCAUGUCAGUGAAAAACGGUUGAUUAUAGUGGAAUGUGCAUUUAUUUUUUUAUUGAUUCUAUUUAAAUUUUGACUAGGUUUCAUAUGGUGAAUGAUUUUUAAGUUACUGUUGCAUGAUAUUUUACAGGGUAGAACAAACUGUUUUGUAUUUGUGUCAGGUUCUGUAUUAAGCAGUUUGUCAACAUAAACCACAGAACUAAACAACUGGAUUUUUAUUUAUUUUUUUUUUACUUGACUGCAAAUGUGAUUUAUAGCCACUGACAUUCAUAACUUAUUUUCUUUAUAUAAAUAUGCAUCUGUAUUACAUUGUACUUGUCUAGCUAUGUAACAAAAUGUCUCACCCUAUGAUGCUCAUCACUGAAGGAAAAUAUAGUGGCUCCUUACUGAAAUGUUGGCAUUCAUAACUCUGACUGCUGGCAAACUGACAAAAAAGAUGGAAGGAUUGCUGACACACUGACAGAAAGGAUGGAACAUACAGGACCAGAAGGAAGAUCAAAAAUUGCUCUUCUCCAUUAAAAUUAUUUUUUGCAGGUGGCAACACCAAGACCACCAUACCUCAGAGAAAUGGUAAUAUUCUGAGAAAUGGCCAUCUUGGACUUAUAAGACUCACUAAAGUGUGUCCCAGUAUUUCAAGUGGUUACCAAUAUAAUGUUUUGCCAAAGUACAAAUUGUAUAUUUUUCAUGUGCUGAGUCUGUAACACCUCAGUUAAGCAUUAAGGUACACACAACUUUGUAAAGGAAUGCUAGUCAUCAUCUGGAGUUCUACAAAGCCAGAUGGUUUAACCACAGUAAACAAUUAACACAGCUGCUGGAUGUACUUGGCGAGCAGUUACAAAAAGGUUCAUUGAUAACACAACAGUUCAUUUACUUACAACUUUACAUGCUAAACCAAACUAACAUACAACAGUUUCUUGUUAAGGCAAACCUUAAUGAAAGCCAAAAUAUGUGAGACAUUAGUUGGUCUAUUUUUUGAGAACAGUGCUAUACUAAGAUUUUAGCCAAAAUUUUUACCUGGCCAAGAACAUUGAAUAAGUAAGUAGCUUAAGGAGUCCAAUAAACUAUCCAGUCCAAGGAUUAUAAAGAAAAGGCACUACAAAGUCAGAUAGGGAAAGUGUUUAUUCAAACUCUCAUGAUAGUCUUUAAGAAAAAGAAAAAUCCUCAAAUGUUUGAUUCAGUUCUGGACAUUUGUAUUCCUUUUUUUCCAUUCAUUAUGAGAAUUGAUUAAACCCGAGCAAAAGCCUAACUUAUGCAAGAUGACCCUUUUAGAUACAGAAAGUUUCUUCCAAAAGUGAUAAAAAAUUUAAUCUAUUUCAUAAAAGAAUGCACUACUAAAAUUCUGUUAUGGAACUUGAUUGUUCCUUCUAAAACAAAUUUCAAAUGUGAUACUUAACAUUCAGUCAGAUACACAUUUGUCUGCGACAUGCAUGUCUUUAAGAAAUCUUUAAAAAUCAGUUUAUAUAGAGACUACGACUGGACUAUACAGCCUUAUGAGUGGAGAAAUUAAUCUGAAAUAUAUUUAUAUACAUAAUCUAAUUAUAUUACUGCAUACAGACAUUUUAUCCAGUUUUGUAUUUUUCUUAACCACACACACACACAGUCAAGAGAAGGAGAAUACAGUCAUGUAUAGAUUCAUAGAUUAGUACUAGGCUAACUGUCCUCAGGGACCAUUUUAAGCCUAGCCAAUUACCCCAUGUGAGAAUCAAACGCUGCACCUUGUGUUUCUAAGGUAAGCACCUUAACCAUUACGCCAACCAGUCAUGCAAAGUCUGGUCAGAUAUAUUGGUAUAUAAAUAUCCAGCCAUCAUAAGCUUGAACAAAUACUUUAAAAGAUGGUCAAAACUGUAACCCAACCAAAAUGUAUCCAUUAUAACUAUGCAACACUGUUAAGCUAAAUAGAUUUUCAGAAAAAGCAAAACCAUGAUCAGUUACCUUAUAUUUUCAUAUAAGCUGGUAUAUUAAAGGAAAUGCCAGCUCUUAACUCCUUUCUUCAGUUGUAUUACAUUAAUAACGGCCUCUUACAAAUACAGAAAACCUAUGUCAAAAAUGGAAAUAAGGUACCAGGUUCAUCCCUUGCAAAUGACUUCAAUUUCAUACCCAUGAGACUUAGAAUUACCAUCAGCCUAACUUCUUUAAUCAUACAAAUCUAACACCAGCAGAACUGUUAGAUGUCCAAACUAAUGACUACAGAAGCCAACGUAACCUUUAAAGAAUCUUGCAAAAUCCCUUCUUAGCAUAACUCUUAGAUUUUCUAAAAAUGGUGUUACUUAAUGAGCUUGUACUCAAGCUUUGAGCACUUGACUGAUAUUUUUUGCUAUACCAUAUAUUCUUUUCAGUUGAAUUUUACCCCAUUAAUUACUAUAUUCGAUUUUAAUGUCCACUUCAUGUUUGUGUCUCUGUUUUUUCUCUUUCCCCUUGUUUUUUCCUUUCAUAAUUUCAUUAUGUCCACAACCCAUUCUAACAACUACUUUAUCCUACCUUAUUAUGUUUAACUCAUUUUAUUAUACUGUUUUAGACGAAUAAAUGUUUUUUUCCAAUAUCAUCCAAGUUGUAUAUUUAAUUACACUGUUAACAUAUUAAUAUGCCUCAUGCUUGUAAAUUAGUCUUUUGUAUAUUUGUGUUCACACUAUGCUAGUAAUCAUCUAUUAUUUUGCAAUAUCUAUGUGGUUGUUUUAUUUUUCAUUACUUCACUGUGUUAUCCUUCCCAGGUCCCUUCCCUAAAAAAAACACCUUUGCCAGAGGGGGUCAACCUGGUAAACAACAUAUAAAUAUGCAUGUGUGUGAUGUAUAACUGUAUAUGUACAUACAUAAACACACGUUUAAAAUACUAUAAUACCUUUGAGUCGACAACCUGUUCUGACAAUGAAUUCCAUCUGUCCAAAAUUUCUGUAGCAAUGUAUUUCCUUAUACCUAAAUUAGAUUUCAAAUAUCUUCUUGAUUUUAUUUUGUCAUCUUUUGCCUGCCCCAUAGUUUCUUGCUGUUUUUAUUGUAAUAACACUUAUUCUUUCUUCCAACAUAUCUGUAUCAUGUGCCUUCUGGCUGUACUCAUUUGGACUGAACAAAUGUCAGCCUCUUUUUACCUUUCCUCAAAGGCAAACUUGUUCAAUCAUCCUUAUUUUACUUCUCAGCCUUUUUUAUCCUGUUUCAUUCAUGCAAAUUUCCUUUUAUCUGCAGGAAUUCCAGAAGUGAGCACUGUACAUCAGCUGCACAGAACACCCUAACUCAAUCUGCAUUCAUCACUCAGGAAUGCCAUUCCAAAAUUUAUUUUGCUAUGUUUUUGUCUCACUGUGCCUUCUUAGUUAUGUUACCAUUAGUGAUGACUCCCAAAUCCUUUUCACAGUUAGCAUAAUUUAGUGUCACCCCUACCAACAAUGUAUUCCACUCUGUUAAUACACUUCAGCUCUAACACCUUACAUUUUGAUAUGUUAAAAUUAAUUUUCCAUUGUCUUGUAUUAAUUACCUGUUCUAAUAUCUCUUUUAAUGCUAAUUCUCAUCAGUCACCGCACUCACUGCCUUAGCGAUAUCUACAAAAUUAUCAAUCCAUUGCUCCACCCCAUUACUGAGCUCAGACGUAAAUACACUGAACAGUGCAAGUCAAAAAUAUCACUUGCAAAACAAUCCUGGUUCAUAGGUAAGUACAAAGCUAACUGCCCUUGUGGGACAUUUUAGGCCUAUACUGUUUUCCUUUUGGAAAAAAAUCCUUUUUUAUUUUUUGUCACUAUUUUCAUGGUCUUCAGAAAUUACUUUGCCAUUCUCAGUUAUUAAUUAAUAGUGGUGUAUGUCUUUGUAAUUAAUUAUGUUUUGGAUUGUGCCAUUCAAAGGUGACUAGUACAAGUAACAAUUCAUUAAAAUACCUCUAACUUUGUCAGACAAAUUUUGUUUCAAAAUCACAUUAUUUUCUGCAAUUUGCUUUACGCCUACAGUGAUACUUGCAAAUUUAGUUUAGCAUGAAGAAGGGACUUUCUAGCUUUCAUUUCUUUUGUAUAUAGAAUAAUAAUUAAUAAAAAUAAAAGUGUGAUGGAAUUCUCAUUCAAUGAGCUCCCUUUUGAGAAGGUAUGAUAUACAUUCGUCACCUUUACAGACUGCACAUAUUUUCAGUGAUAUCUUGUAGUGUUGUUACACAUUAGGGCAUUCAUAAAGCAUUUGAGAUCUUGGAUUUAUUCUUUAUAAUGCACUGAAAUUCAAUGACCAAGUGAUGACUGUGUUUUGAAUCAUCACAUUUUGUCUCCUGCACGUGUUCCACAUUAAACAUUUCAUCUGUCAGCACUACUCUUUUGGAAUGCUAUUUUUACCAUCAUUCAUAAACUAGUUCACUUUCAUAUUACUCAUCAUUCAUAAACUAGUUCACUUUCAUAUUACUCAUCAUUCAUAAACUAGUUCACUUUCAUAUUACUCAUCAUUCAUAAACUAGUUCACUUUCAUAUUACUCAUCAUUCAUAAACUAGUUCACUUUCAUAUUGCUUAAUGUAAUAUUCUGUAACUGAGGCUGUCAAAUGUUGGUACUGAACAUCUGCAGUGAGACUAAAACUUGGCAGUCAGGAACAAGUGUAAUCCAUGUAGGUCCCAGGGCAUGUUACCCGGGACCUGUAUGGAUUACACUUGUACACUGCAAUGAGAUCCAUCUUCCAGCCUAUAAUAUGCGGACAUAUUCAAUCCAUCAUGAUCAUUCCUUCUAGUGUUAAGGAUCUGUAGGUUCUCUGCAGUUACUACCUUCCUGGAUUCAGCCAAAUCACUCCAAGGCCUUUCCUGGGAAUUGCUGGACUACUACCUGUUCAGUAUAGUAUAUCAUUAUCCAAGGCAGAAUGAGACAGUCCACUUUAAUUUUUAAAAAAAUCUACAUCUAGAAAAUUGUCUUAGCAUCCUUUGUUUGUUCACUUUAAAUUGGACUAAACUAAAUGUUGCUUUUAACUGUGUGUUUUUCACUAACUAAUGUAAUUAUUUUAAAGUGCUUAUGGUAAAACAAUUAAAAAUACAUUAAAAUUCCUUUCAUUUAUAGGAGAGACACAUUUUUUUUGUUUCCUUUUUUCUUGGAUAAAAUGGAAGAUGACAAAAACAACUUAAUUUGGUACAUGUAUAGCUGGAUAAUUUCUAGUGUUCAUUUCCUAUAUUUGUGAGACAUUAGGUAAUUUAUAUUAAAAUUAUCUAUUUUUAGUUUUCUAAAGAUAGUUUCAGCUUGCAAAAAUAAUUUGGUUGAACAUAUCUGUUUCAGGAAAAGUCAUGAGAAAAGGAGGCAGACUGUCAUCACUUAUAAACGCAUCAGACUAGUGACUUAUGACUAAUUGUCUUACAAUCUGAACAGCAGAGGUAUAUACAUUGUCUAAUUAAAAAACUGUCAUCAUGAUCUGUGAUGAUCUGUGUUGCUUUUGCAGCACUAUUGCUCGCUUUUUGUCACAUUUGGUAUGAUUUUUUUUUUACUUUGUUUUUUGGCGAUCUGAUAUUUGGUAAGAGUUGUGGGUAAAAUAAUUUUAUUAAUUUAUAAUUAAUGAUGACUAAUGGUUAAUCAUUCGUUUAAUUAUAAAUGUAUUUAGUUUAUGAAACACUAUUUUUGUGAUCUGCAUAAUAUACACAAAUUUCCAUGACUACAUUAAAGAUAUAAAUUGCAAUUUGACAUAUUAAUGAAUAAAUCUGUGAUGAGAAAACCCAAUUUAGCUGUAAACCAGCAACAGCCAAUAGUAAACAUGUCAAUAAACUGCAGUCAAUAAUAAAUAUUUUGUCAUUUACAGAAACUAAAGCUUCUUUAACACAGAUAUAUUCUUGUUACCUCAUUUUAACAUUUCUAGAGUACUUUUGUUGGUUGUGUUGCUGUUCCAAACUUAAAUUACGUUUAAAGAUUGUUUUCUGAUAUUUUAAGUAUAAUUAAUGUUUAUGUCUGUGGACAGUACAGCUUGUUCUCAUAUAUUUUUAUAAAUAUCGAUGGUAUGCAUUUCUUAUGUUAGAAUAAUAUAUUGUUAUAUCAGACAUGUACAGUACUUCAUGAAAAUAUGUUUUAUAUCCAUGAAUAAAUUAAAAUAAAUUAAGCUAUGAAAGGAAA